UGAGAGCAGAUUGAGUUUGGCCAUUAUCAGGUACAGCACUCACUCAACACCGCGCAUCUCACACUGCGUGUGCUUCCCCUUUCCCACAGCGUUUCCUCGUGGAGGCUGCCGCUUCUUUCCACACUUUGGACUUUAUUUGCAUGGGACGCUGAGGCUACCAUCAGUCGAACUGUGAUUUUAGUUUCCAGUCCGUUUUUCUGUUCGGAGUUGAAACAUGAGCGCGAGUGGAGACGCGAUGUUCGAGAUGCAUUUAGAGGAGGAUCAGGUUAAAGUUCUGGAGGAGAAUUUCACGAAGGUCAGCAAGCACCCCGACGAUACUACACUGAUGCUGAUCGCAGCGGAGUGUGGACUCAGCGAAGUGGACACAGCGAAAUGGUUCAGGAUGCGAAACGCUCAGUGGAGGAAAGCAGAGGGUCUCCCUGCUGAACUGGGAUCAGUGAAGGACUGAUGGAAGAUCUUCGUGUUGUUUUUCUCUCGUUGCUCCAGUGAUUGUUCACCAGACCAUCUCACUGUCUUUCUUUUCUUAUUUGAAGAUGUUUGUCAUUCUGAAGUCUGAUAUGGGCCUUAUUUUUUAUUUUAUUUUAUCUAAGUUGUAAUCUUUAGCAAAAAUGUAUGCUUUAUAGCCUAUUUUUAUUGCCUUAACUAUUAAAUGUAAGUAAAUAAACUAAAUGUAAGCAUCUAUAUAUAAAAUAUUACAUCUGUAUUUUUAGGGUUUGAUUUUAUGUGUUGAGUGAUUAGUAUUAAAAGCUUGUUUGCUUUCUCAUUGGGAGAAUCAUCUUGGAGUUGAGAAAGAUAGAAAAGCAGAGAAAGUUACACUUUACCUAUGGCUUAAUUUAUGAACCUAAAAUAAAAGAACAGAAAAAAUGA